AUGGUUCUACAGCUCCAUGUUUGGGGACCGGCUUUUGGCCUCCCUUCCCUCGAUGCUGAGUGUCUGGCUGUCAUUGCCUUCGUAACGCAAACCAUUAGCCCGUUCGACUACGAACUGAUCGCCAGCAGCCCUUCGGCAGUCCCAACUCAACAUCUCCCCGCCCUCUACGAUCCCAAAACGUCAACCUGGACAACAGGCUUCUCUCCAAUCAUCCGGCACCUGCGCGCGCAUCCCCCGCCCUCCUAUGCCCCUCCUCCCAACCUCCCUCCCGACGUCGAUCCUGCUAAAGUGGCUGCCGACAACACCGCUUAUACCGCCUUCCUAACCGCGCAUGCCGCGCCGCUCCUAGCUCUGUCUCUCUACGUCUCCUCGGCCAACUAUGCCGCUUCUACCCGCCCCGCCUACUCAUCGAUUCUGCCCUUCCCUUUACCAUGGACGGAGCCGCCUAAUGUACGCGCGGCCAUGUCAAGGCGGGCGGCGCACCUGGGGAUUACGGGGCUUGACACGGACGCUGAGGAUGAGGGGAAGAGUGAGACAAGCCUGGGGAAAGAGGAGUGGGUUAACGCCACGGUGCCGGCUUCGCUGCGCAAGGGGCUUGAGGUGAAGAGGAAGGGUGUCGUCGGAAUGUUGGCGCCCGAAGCAAAGCGGCGGAUACGCCUCGAAGGUGCGGCCAAGGAUGUGCUGGAUGUGUUAGACGAAGUGGACUGGACUGGCCCCUCGGUACAGAUGCUGGAGGUGCGGUGUCUUGCGUGGGGGUACCUAGCACUGAUGGCGCUGCCGGACGUACCGCGAGGAUGGUUAGGUGAGGUGCUAAGGAGAGAUUACCCGCGUUUAAUAAGAUUCGUGGAGGAGUUUCGGGAGCUCGUGUUUGUCAAAGGUCCCGGGAGCGAUCUGCCGUGGGCAACAGAAUGGCAUGAGAGUCGGUCCGCGGGGGCGGUGCUGGUACGGUUUGUGCGUGGGGUGCUGGGAGAGGUGCCCGUGCUGGGGGAGCUGUGGAGGGCGUGGUGGACGGAGAGGAUGAGAGCCGUCAUGCUGGGUGAGAGGGCGGUCAGGACCAUGGAACGGGACAGACGGAAGGGGGGAGUGUUGAUGCUGCUGGGAGCCGGACUAAUGGCUGCUGUGGUAGGCGUGGGGGUCUGGUGGUACCGCAGCUUGCCUCCUUUUGGGGAGGCCGUGCAGGUUUGGAGACGGCCGGUCGCGUCGCUGAGUAGCUUUGGUGCGGCUGGAGCGCUGUUUUCGGGAGCGUUGUAUGGGAUCCCCCGUCCCCUCCCCCAACACCGCGAUCAAUACAUCCAGCGAUGCGCCGAUGAGCUCUACGCCUGGCAGGCGGCCAAUCGGCCCGCCGACAACGAGUUCAUUCUACAUGACGGCCCUCCCUACGCCAAUGGCGCCCUGCACGCCGGCCAUGCCCUCAACAAGAUCCUCAAGGACAUGAUCCUGCGUGUGCAGGUUCAGAAGGGCCGUCGCGUGCAUUAUGUGCCCGGCUGGGACUGUCAUGGCCUGCCGAUCGAACUCAAGGCUGUCGAUGCGGCCGCCGGAAAACACAUGACACCUGCUGCGAUUCGUCAGGCUGCUCGCAAGUUGGCAGCUGAUACUAUCUUGCAGCAGAUGAAGAGCUUUAGGUCGUAUGCAGUCAUGGCAGAUUGGGAUGCUCGCUGGGCUACUAUGGAUCGGGAGUAUGAGAUCAGGCAGCUGAGGUUGUUCCAGAAGAUGGCUCGUCGGGGGCUUGUGUACCGCCGCUUCAAGCCUGUCUAUUGGAGUCCUUCUUCUGGAACGGCGCUGGCUGAGGCCGAGCUAGAGUAUAAUGAGAACCAUGUCUCGCGGUCGGCAUACAUCAGGUUCCCUAUUGUGGGCGACUACGGGAAUCUUCCUGGGCUGGAGGGCUUCCAGGGGAAGUUGUAUGCGGUCAUCUGGACUACGACUCCCUGGACGCUGCCAGCCAACAGGGCCAUCGCUGUCCAUGAGGACCUGACAUACCAUAUCGUGAAGGUCGAUGGUGACGCCUACCUCGUUGCGGAGAACUGCUUGGGGCGCGUAGCAAAGAUCCUGAUCAAGGAGGGGGAGGAGGGUGCCGAGGUGGCCGCUCCUGAGAUUCUGGGUUCGGUCAAGGGAAGGCAGCUCACGCAACUGUGUUAUGUCAAUGCCCUAAGGGGCAGGUCAGCUGCGCCACAGCCUAUCAUCCACGGCCACUUCGUCACCGAAGCUUCCGGUAGCGGUCUAGUCCACUGUGCUCCCGGCCACGGUUUUGAUGACUACCAGGCCUGCCUGCCUCUCGAUAUUCCUGUUGAUGCUCCCGUCGACAACGACGGGCUGUUUACUGAGGAAGCCUACCCGGACGACCCGGCCCGUCUGAAGGGACGCUCGGUUCUUGAGGACGGCGGCCCUGCUGUCCUCGAAAUUUUGGGUGAUGACGUGCUGAAGGUGCACGACUACAAGCACAAGUACCCCUACGACUGGCGCACUAAGAAGCCUAUUAUCAUCCGGGCAACGGCCCAAUGGUUCGCCGACGUCGAGUUGAUCAAGAACCAGGCGGUCGCAGCACUGGAGGAGGUCAAGUUUGUUCCCGAGAGCGGCAAGAACCGGCUGGAGUCGUUUGUCAAGGGCCGUAGCGAGUGGUGUAUCUCGCGCCAGCGUGCCUGGGGCGUUCCUAUCCCAGCGCUGUACGAGCCGAAUGGCAACGCCGUUAUGACUGAUGAGGUCAUGGACCAUCUCAUUAAGGUGAUCGAAGAGCGUGGUAUUGAUGCUUGGUGGACCGAUGCCCUUGAUGACCCGGCCUGGCUUCCUGAGUCACUGCGCAGCAGCGGGAUCAAGUAUACGCGUGGCCUGGACACGAUGGAUGUGUGGUUUGACAGCGGCAGCAGCUGGACUAUGUUGAAUAACCAGCAGGCUGACCUGUACUUGGAGGGUUCCGAUCAGGCUCGUGGAUGGUUCCAAUCUAGUUUGCUUACCCGCGUCGCUGCCAUGGUGGAGCAACAGGAUAGUGCCUCUGGUUCAACUGCCCACACGCUGGGUUUGUCUCCCUUCAAAACCCUGAUCACUCACGGCUUCACUCUGGACAAGGAAGGCAGGAAGAUGUCCAAGUCCCUAGGCAACGUCAUUUCCGCUGACGACGUCAUGGACGGCACCCUAAUGCCACCUCUCAAGCCCCGCAAAGGCAGCAACAACAGCCAACCGAUCAAAGACGCCCUUGGCCCAGACGCCCUCCGCCUCUGGGUCGCCAGCAGCGAUUACUCAGGCGACGUGGUCCUCGGCGAGCCCGUCUUAAAGACAAUCCACCAAGCCAUCCUCAAGUACCGCACGACCAUCCGAAUGCUUACCGGCUCGAUGCACGAGUCUGCCCGCACCGCGCCCCUCACAACCCUCGAUCACAUCGCGCUCAUCCAGCUCCGUGAUGCGAUGGACGCUGUCGGCAGGCACUAUGCUAAUUUUGAGUUCAACAAGGCCUUCAUGACGCUUAACCACUGGUUGACGAAUGACCUGUCCGCGUUCUACCUCGAGGCUCUCAAGGACCGGCUGUACUGCGCCGACGGCGGCGGCGUCCUCGAGCCCAUCUUCAUCGGCUUCCUGCGCAUGCUGGCACCAAUGACGCCCGUGUUGGUUGAGGAGGCGUGGGAGCAUCGGCCGGAGUGGCUCAAGGCUGACUCGAAGUAUGCCGAUUCGCCGCUGAAGCAUCUUUAUGAGGCACCGUUGUUGCAUGAUCCUUCCAGGGCUUUGUCCCCUGAGGAUGAAGCCCGACUGAGGAAGGAUAUUCCUGUAAUUAUGCGCUCCCUGGCGGCGAUUAAGGCGGCGUCGGAGAAGGCCCGUACCGACAAGGUUUUGGGUUCGUCCCUGGCUUGUAACGUGGUGCUGCACGUUCCAGAGGGCAGUCGUGCACGCGAGGCGCUGGAGAGGUAUGCUGGUGAGCUGGAUACCAUGUUCGUUGUGUCAGCUGUUGAGGUUGGUGGGGAGGUGCCGGCCGAUGUGGCUUGGAAGUAUGAGGAAGUGUUUGAGAUUGAAGGGACUGAGUGCAAGGCGGUUGUGAUCCCGCCGAGGCAGGUGAAGUGCCCUCGGUGCUGGAGGUAUGUGGCUGAGAAGGAGGAUGUAUUGUGUGGACGGUGUGAAGAGGUCGUUGGGGAGAAUGUGCAGUAA